AUGUAUAGAUUCAUUAUCGUCACGUUUGUCGCGAGUGUCGCUGGACAGCUUCAGUUGGAAGGAGCCUGUGAUUUUAAUUCUACAGAUUCUGUGAAUAACUUAAAUGCAACCCAGCUUCAAGGAGAAUGGCACAUCUUACGAAGGCUUGCAAGUGAAAAUGAAACUGGACAAUGUGCCUUUAGCACUAUUUCUGGAGUCACUAUUAACAACGGUGUAUUUUCCUCUGCUCAAUUCGAAAUUCGGCAAGUAGUAAACAAAAAAAUCGUCUCUAGAAAGGCGGCUGUCACUGCUGGGUCGGGAAAUCAACUUGUUUUUAAAUUCUCAGAUGAAACUUUCACCGGCCUAGUAUUGGCUACAGAUCACAUUGGAUACGUUCUGCUAUAUGGAUGUAAUAACUUACAAAAUGAUACACGGAGAAAUGUUAGAGCAUGGCAGUUCAGUAGAUCAGACCAAUAUACGACAGCGCAAAGUGAGGCUGUCAACGCAGCAGUCUACGCAAAUGUUGAUUUGAGAAAUGCCGCUUGGGAAACUUUGGGCUUCAACAAGACAGACUGCGAUACUUCGAGUGCAGUUACCAUAACAACGCCUGUGAUAUUAACCCUUGUUUUGUAUAACAUACUUGCUAAAUUAAUAUAA